AUGGCAAUUCCUACACUAUUCCCUGGUGGAAAGGGAGACCCAACAAAUCAAGCACUCCAAAGAAAUGUUCGUCUUUCUGAGCGAAUCAAGCAACUUAUGAAAUUUGCGGGAAAAAAUUAUGGUAAGUGGCUAUAUCGAUUUUCUAGUCAUCCCAGAUUUUGCUACUGGGCAUUUAAUAUGAUUCAGAAAAUGAGAACUUUGCAACAAACUGGGAUAUUUCUGAAACAGAAUCCAGGCGAAGCACAUCUUACUAUUGAUGAGUUGCGUGAAAUGGCAGCAAGUGACAAUUCUGCUGCCUUCAUUUCUAAGGUGUCUAGGUAUGUUGCUAACAUUGCUGGUUCAAAUGCUUAUUGGCAUAGGGUAAAAGAAGACCUUAAGGCAAUAAUAACAAAUGUUGGAACACCAACACUGUUCUUUACAUUUUCAUCAGCUGACAUGCAUUGGCCUGAACUUCACUCCUUGUUUGGAGAGAACAGUGACAACAGCAGUGAGGCCAAACGACAAAAUGUCGGCUAG